AUGUCUUUUGAUUCGACCUCCCCGCUCAAUUCUGCGGAUCCCAAUGCCCGCGUUUUCAGCUCCUCGUGUUUUGAUUUCCUCCUCAUAGAAUUGGUUCCCAUGGCGGAGCGCAUGGCCAAGGAACUCGCGACCGAGGGCAAGGACCCGGAGGAUGAAGAGGUCAGAGAGGCAACAUUCUUUCGGCUAGAGUCCCUGGGCUAUCGUGUGGGACAGGGUCUCGCGGAGCGAUUCGCCCGAGACCGACCUCGCUUUACUGAUAAUCUGGAUGUGAUCAAGUUCCUCUGCAAGGACUUGUGGACGGUUCUAUUUAAGAAACAAAUCGAUAAUUUGAAAACGAACCAUCGGGGGGUCUACGUUUUGACCGAUAGCGCAUUCCGACCGUUUGGGAGAAUGAGCAUGGCAGUGCGGAGUGAAGCUAUAUCUAUGGCACAGGCGUACCUUUGGUUCCCCUGUGGUAUCAUUCGGGGCGCAUUGGCGAAUCUGGGCAUUCACACCACCGUGCAGGCCGAGACGUCAGACUUACCAGGUGCAACAUUCCAAAUUAAAACCCUCCAGCCUCGGCCUUGA